AGAGUUGGGGUGCCUCCAGGACCAGGGUUGGGAGCCACUGGGUUAGAACAAAGGGUUUUUAUGUCCAAAGAAAACCAUGCAUGAGAACGAGCUGGCGCGCAAUUCAAUCAUCCUUCGCAUUUGGUGAACGUCAGAAAUGUCUCUGGUCAGUGAGCAGGCAUCCGUCAGGCUUCCCCUUCAGUGUUAACACGCUGUAGCAUCCCUCAGACAAGGUCGUGCACUUUCGCCUUUUCCCAUGACACACGACCAAAAAAGUCGCGUGGGUGAGCCGCGGACUCAGUCAUUGUGUCCUAGCCUCCCCACGAGGACGAAGACGCGGACACAGCUCGAAAUCGCAGUCAUUUAUUGUUGACAGUUAGUAGGAUGGCGGGUUCGCAAGUGUUCGCUGCAAUCGGUCACUUCAGCAGCGCGAUUGAAAACGACACCGCAAGCGCGCGAGAAUAUUUCGCCAGGUAAAUAGGGGCACGAGACGAAUAAAUGAAUUCCGCGGCGACUGAUUGAGCGUUUCUUCGUAGUGACUGCAUUUAUCCCGCCGAGUUUAUGAACAGAGCGACAGACUGCAAGCGAACAUGAACAACACUCGCAAUAAAACAGCAUUUGUUACCGCGCAGCAUGUUAUUGGAGUCGCGCUCUGAGGUCUCGUGAAGUCUUCAGCGGUGACGAGACCGAGACAGAGGCGGAGGCGAGCCCGUUAACGGACGACUCGGGCAGCGAUUAAGACUCUGGGACCAAUUCCGUCAUUUGACCGGGCAUCCUUCUCCUUAAAAUAAUCAUCACAGACUCGCAGAGCGAGUCUGUGAGCUGUGCAGUGUGGGACGCUGUCUGCCCUGUUGUCAUCAGACGUCAUGAGCUGGAGCUUCCUGACGCGUCUGCUGGAGGAGAUCCAGCACCACUCCACGUCGGUGGGGAAACUCUGGCUCACUGCGCUAGUUGUCUUCCGCAUCGUGCUGACUGUGGUGGGCGGCGAGUCCAUAUACUAUGAUGAGCAGAGCAAGUUUGUCUGCAACUCGGGCCAGCCGGGAUGUGAGAAUGUCUGCUACGAUGCCUUCGCGCCGCUCUCGCACGUGCGAUUCUGGGUUUUUCAGAUCAUCCUGUCCGCCAUGCCCUCUCUGCUCUAUAUGGGCUAUGCGGCCAAUAAGAUCUCCCACAACGAGGAAUUGAGGGGUGGUGCAGGGGCCGGUGCGGGGGCCGGGGCUCCCUCCACAAGCAACUCAGCAGGGGGUGGAUACACCCAGCGCAGACCAAGAAAGAUGUACUUUGGUGCGCAGCAGCAUCGGCCAGGACAUGAGGAUGGGGAAGAGGAACGCGAGGACGACCCCAUGAUCUAUGAAGUGCCUGAGAUAGACAACACUCGUCGUGAGCUGGUGCCACCACGUCCCAAACCCAAAGUGCGCCAUGAUGGACGCCGGCGAAUACGAGAUGAUGGUCUGAUGCGAGUGUAUGUGUUACAGCUGCUGACACGCUCUGCACUGGAGGCAGGCUUUCUUGCAGGACAGUACCUGUUAUAUGGCUUUCGAGUGGAACCGAUCUUUGUGUGCUCAGACAAACCCUGCCCGCACCAUGUGGAUUGCUUCAUCUCACGCCCCACUGAAAAAACCAUCUUCCUCCGAAUCAUGUACGGUGUCAGCUGCAUUUGCCUGCUGCUAAACCUGUGGGAAAUGAUUCACCUCGGAGUGGGAACUAUCCGUGAUGCACUGCGCAAAAGAACCGAAUCAGCCGCCGAUGAUGAGUACCAGCUCGGCUUGCUUGCAGCAGGGGGCGUGUCUGUCGGAGUAGGUGGGCCUUCGCUCAGUGAAGGGGAACCAGGAGGCGGAGUUGGGGGCGGCGUACGAGAAGCAGACUAUGUUGGUUAUCCCUUCUCCUGGAAUACUCCUUCUGCGCCACCAGGGUAUAACAUCGUGGUGAAGCCUGAGACGAUGCCAUACACAGACCUGAGCAAUGCCAAAAUGGCAUGCAAGCAAAACCGUGCCAACAUAGCCCAGGAGGAGCAGCAGCAGUAUGGCUCCAAUGAAGACAACUUCCCAUCUGCAGGUGAGGCGAGACCGCCUCCCAUCAACAAAGAUGUGAUACAGUUAGAGGCGGCGAUUCAAGCCUAUACCUUGCAGCACCAUGCUAGCAAUAACCAUGACGAGAUGAACGACACCAAUGACAUCGACGAAAAGCCUCAGAGCAACAUCACCACUGCACCACAGAAAGAGCGAAAGCAACGGUCCAAGCAUGGAAAAUCUGGGAGCGCUGGGAGCAGCAGCAGCAGCAAGUCCGGAGAAGGCAAACCAUCUGUCUGGAUCUGAGAUUGGCACGCACACCUGAACAUUACACUCUGUGGUGCCCACUAUCAUCCAUUUCUGCAAGUUUUUUAGACACAAAAUAUCGUGUGCAUCCCACAGAUUACAAAGACUGCAAACACCUGAUUCGAAAAAUGCUGUAUAUCUUUUUGAAGUGCUUUCGGUGCCUUAAAGAAACUCCAUGAAUGAGACGGAUUUUUUUCAUACUAUUUCAUUGAUCUUCCUAAAAUAAACUUGUGUGCUCAAGAUUACAUCGAGCUCUAAGAACAUUCCCUCAUAAUCCAGAAAAACCCAUCCGUUUUCAGUUUCAGAACUAUUCAGUGAGUUGAGAAAGUCUUCCUAUUGGAAUCUUCAAUAAGAGUGAUGAUGUUACAAUCCGAUUCCAAACCAGCUGUCUUCCUUUUUCCAGUGUUGAACAAUAACUUUUGCAUCACGAUGCCAAGCUAUAACAAUGCAAUGAUACACCAAUGCUGUGGUGAUACACUGUGGUCUUCAAGACCCAACAAGCAGUCCUGUGAAAUAAGCUGUAAAUCUACAUUUACAAACACACAAACACAUCCAAUGCAAAUGUUUUAUAGCUAUGGGUCUUUGAGGAAGCAGUGCAAUGUUUUUCAGUUCUAGAGAUUCUCUUAGUUUUGAGAUCUCUGUAGUAUUUCUAGCCACCAAGACUUGGGAUAUUCUGUUGAUGGAUCCACUUCCUACUCUGUUCUUGUACUAUCCCCUACUGGUGAGGAAAGCAUUUGCAGUCUAGUCUUAUUAGCCAUAUAAAUAUAUACAGGGUCCCCACGGUCCUGGAAAUGACAUUGAAUUUUAAAAGUGUUUUUUCCAGACCUGAAAAGAGAGGAAAUUAAUUUUAAAAAUAAAAUUUAAUUUCAGUGCUCAGUUUUCUUGGUUGUUUCUUUAGAUAGAAAUAACACUUUGUGAGUUUAGUCAUUAUGAAAUUAUUUUUUAAAUUCUUUAUCCAUUAAUUGAAUGGUGAAUAAGUUAAGGGGAAAAAUCAUGAAAAUUCAUUGCUCAUAAAGUGUAGAAAUCCUGUACUUUUAGGUGCAUAUGAAACUAUUUUACAUUCAGAUUGUCUGAAAGUCACUGUGUAUUGUUGGUAUUGCUCUUAAGAGCCUGUAUUCAUGGGAACAUCCUCUAGCUCUAACAGACUUGAUAUAGCCAAUCCAAGUAGCAGGUCUAACUUGGUUCAAAUGGAGGUUGAAAUUUUAACAUUCUUCAGAUCAAGCAAUGUAGAUAUCUAAGGUACACACAAACAGAUUCAUACACACUGUGUGAACAGUCUUCCAUUCUCUCUUACUGCCACAUUCCAACUUGUGAGACUUUUGCCUUUAUGUAGGAUGUUCCAAUUUGUGACAAUUGCCAUGGGAGACCAAAUACUGUUUGUCACAAAGACAUCGAGCUACUAUGCAGUCAUGCGGACUGAGGAAAACACGCCAUAGAACACCAUUGUGUGUGCCUGCGUGUGUGUGCUUGCGUGUAGCUGAGGACGAGGCGGCGGGGAGUGAUUGCAUGCGUGCAUGUGACUAGUAUUUGAUUAAUGAAUUAAAGAAAAGAAAAAAACCCUUUACAUAUCAGCAUUUCAGCAGUAUUUAUUGAUGCUGAAGACUGUGGCAUUAGAUUUGUGGUUUCUAAGCGAGACUUGACUUGUUUGUAUUUUUAAACAUCGAUGUGGUUUCUUUUUUAUUAGCUUUUUUAAUACACAGAAUUCUAUUCAACAGUGCCCGUAUGAUUUGAUUACAAAAUAGGGUUUUUUAGGAUUUUGUUGCCUUUAAUCGUAGUAAAAACAAACUAUGUGAUGUUUUUGUAGUCAAUCAGUGCAAAUAUGUUUCCCAGUGUGCUCAGUGAAUCCUUGUUUUCAUAGUUUCAUUGAAUAUGAUUUUGCAUGGGAGGGAAAAUAGGAAUGUUUUAGGGCAAUUUCCAAUGGGAAAACUCUAAACAAAAAGGACUCUGCAAUGUAACUACUUUGACCUUUUCUGUGUGGAUGUGUGUUGGAGUUUCUAACAGCUGUAUAUUUGAGCACUCCAGAUGGAGUGAGUAUAAGAGACCCCUCUGCCCCACAUCUGAGCACCACUGCGCGUGUUUAAGUUUAAUGUGUGAGCGUUUGUGGAGUCAGGGUUAGCCGAGGCAAUCCUCAAGAAAAACCCCUCGUACUUUUGUCAGCUGUCUGAGAAAGAAACAGAAGUAGUAAGCUACUUUACUUCAGAGUUUGACACAUCACUUUGAAAGCAAGCUUUCUCAGCAGGUCACAAUGAAGUCUGAAGGCACUCUUACUGACGAGCGUGUGUGAAUGUGGAAGCAUGCGUUUCUAUUUAUUGCCCUUUCCUGGUUAUCAUCAAGCCACUAAAGUGUUUGAGAAGACCUUUGUUUGUCCUGCCUGGUAUGUGUUUCUAUAAAUGUUGCCACUGUGUUUGAAAAACGUGGGAGAAAAAAAAAAUGCUUUUAAUGUGCCAAGCUGGAUUGUCCAACGAUGUACAAUUAUUUCCAAUUUUGGAGAACCCUCUCUUUGGAUUUGAAAAUGCAUGUUCAGAGCUAUUUUGUUAAUAAAAUGAGAUAAAUGGCAAUGCUGUGUGUCUGAGAAAGAAUAUGUGGGUUUGGCAUUUAAAGGAACCUGUGUCGAUUGUCUCUUUGUUUGUCAAAGGAGUGAUUUUGAUAGUUUGUGAAGGAGUCAGCCUAUUAUUCAUCUCUAUUUUUGACAGAUGAUGUGUUUGCGCGAGAAACGCGGGGGCGAGCCACGUUUGUCGCUCUUAUUCAUGUCCAGAACACUGUUUCCUGGAAUUGGUCUGAGCAGGUUUACUCUCAGAAUGCAUUCCUUUAGGCAUCAGAUUGGCUCAUGAACCAUAAACAGAUCGUAGGAGAAAAAAAACAGUAGUGUCAAAUGUGGUUCCCAAUGGGAAUGUCUUUCCCUUAAAAGGGUGUAACACAGAUGCUGAAAAAACGGGUAACUGGGCCAGCAUGAGCGGAAUCCCCCGAGUGUGUGCAGAACAGCUUGCAAAACAUUUCAAAAAACAAAAGUGUACACCGUGCAUCCAUUCUCCAAACUGCUUAUCCUCUGUAGGGUCAUGGAAUUGACAGCAAACUGAUAAAACACAGACAACAGAGCACAAGGGUUAGGAAGAGAGCUAAUAUUAGAAGAAGGGGGCAGAAUGUAUCUCAUCUCCAGCCUAAUUAACACACCUGAUGAACAGAUAUGUUUGUAGAUUGCGAGUAUCUGCUUGAGUUGGCCAAAACAUCAUUUAUGACACAAAUACAUUAAUUUGUUUGUUAGUUUAAUGAAAUUUUCACACAAGAUUUAAUUCAAGGAAACUAAUUUGUCCAUUGUAGUUUGAUGGUACAGUUUUAUGUAAUUGGGGCCCAUCCGUCAACACCUUCUUUUAUUCACAAGCAGAGGAAUUUCAGAAGGCACAAGUUGCCAAGCUGAUCUAUCAUAACAAGCUCCAGUGAGAACAUCUGACCCCAAAAAGCCUUUCUACUGGCCAACUCACUGUCAUCAGUCUAUCCCUGAAUGCCUUAUUGUUUAUUCCCCUUCAAAUGGAAAGAGUCAGCAUGAGUUUACUUUGUAAAAUAUUUUGAGAGAAGCAAAUUAAGACUGGAACAAAUGAGUGAAUGAAUAAUUCUGCAGAUGAUUUAAAGGAAUGUUUCACAGAAAAAAAUAUAUUUUGUCAUUUACUCAUGUCUAAACUCACAAAUGCAUCAAGGAGUGUUUU